ACCGGCCGGGUCCCUCCCACGCGGGAGCAGAACAGGCGGUGCCCGGGCGGCCGCGGAGCUAUGGACGGCAGCGGGCCCUUCAGCUGCCCCAUCUGCCUGGAGCCGCUCCGGGAGCCGGUGACGCUGCCCUGCGGCCACAACUUCUGCCUCGCCUGCCUGGGCGCGCUCUGGCCGCACCGCGGCGCGGGUGGCGCCGGCGGGCCCGGAGGCGCGGCCCGCUGCCCGCUGUGCCAGGAGCCCUUCCCCGACGGCCUGCAGCUCCGCAAGAACCACACGCUGUCCGAGCUGCUGCAGCUCCGCCAGGGCUCGGGCUCCGCGCCCGGGCCCGGCUCCGGCCCGGCCCCGGCCUCGGCCUCGGCCCCGGAGCCCGCGUCGCCCAGCGCCCCGCCCAGCGCCCCGGAGCCUUCGGCUCCCUGCGCGCCCGAGCCCUGGCCCGGGGGCGAAGAGCCGGUGCGCUGCGACGCGUGCCCCGAGGGCGCCGCCCUGCCUGCCGCGCUCUCCUGCCUCUCCUGCCUCGCCUCCUUCUGCCCGGCGCACUUGGGCCCGCACGAGCGCAGCCCCGCGCUGCGCGGACACCGCCUAGUGCCGCCGCUUCGCCGGCUGGAGGAGAGCCUGUGCCCGCGCCACCUGCGGCCGCUCGAGCGCUACUGCCGCGCGGAGCGCAUGUGCCUGUGCGAGGCCUGCGCCGCCCAGGAGCAUCAGGGCCACGAGCUCGUGCCGCUGGAGCAGGAGCGCGCGCUCCAGGAGGCCGAGCAGUCCAAAGUCCUGAGUGCUGUGGAGGACCGCAUGGAUGAGCUGGGCGCCUGCAUUGCACAGUCCCGGCGCACGGUGGCCCUCAUCAAGAGCGCCGCCGCAGCAGAGCGGGAGAGGGUGAGCCGGCUGUUCGCCGAGGCUGCAGCCAUCCUGCAGGGGUUCCAGACGGAGGUGCUGGGCUUCAUCGAGGAGGGCGAGGCCACCAUGCUGGGCCGCUCCCAGGGGGACCUGCGGCGGCAGGAGGAACAGCGCAGCAGGCUCAGCCGGGCCCGCCACAACCUCAGUCAGGUCCCUGAAGCCGACUCAGUCAGCUUCCUGCAGGAGCUCCUGGCACUCAGGCUGGCCCUGGAGGAGGGGUGCGGCCCUGGGCCCGGCCCCCCGAGGGAGCUCAGCUUCACCAGAUCAUCCCAAGCCGUGCGGGCGGUGAGAGAGCUGCUAACGGCCACCUGUGCCAGCCAGUGGGAGCAGCUGCGGGGGCUGGGCACAGAAGCUGGGGAGAACUCCUCCCCCACUGUCUCCUCUUCUGCAGCUGAUGCUGAGUCCCAAGACCCCGAUAGCACCAACCACUUGGAAAGUGAGGCUCCCAGGGACUACUUCCUCAAGUUUGCCUACAUCGUGGACCUGGACAGCGACACGGCAGACAAGUACCUGCAGCUGUUUGGAACCAAAGGUGUAAAGAGGGUUCUGUGUCCCAUCAACUACCCCGAGUCACCCACUCGCUUCACCCACUGCGAGCAGGUGCUGGGUGAGGGUGCCCUGGACCGGGGCACCUACUAUUGGGAGGUAGAGAUCAUUGAAGGCUGGGUCAGCGUGGGGGUCAUGGCCGAAGACUUCUCCCCACAAGAGCCCUAUGACCGGGGCCGGCUCGGCCGCAAUGCCCACUCCUGCUGCCUGCAGUGGAACGGACGCAGCUUCUCCGUCUGGUUCCACGGGCUGGAGGCGCCCCUGCCCCACCCGUUCUCGCCCACCGUCGGGAUCUGCCUAGAAUAUGCCGACCGAGCCCUGGCCUUCUAUGCUGUGCGGGAUGGCAAGAUGAACCUUCUUCGGAGGUUGAAGGCCUCCCGGGCCCGCCGGAGCAGCUCCCUGUCCUCCUCCAUUGACCCCUUCCAAAGCCGCCUGGACAGCCAUUUUGCAGGGCUCUUCACUCGCAGGCUAAAGCCUGCCUUCUUCCUGGAGAGUGUGGACGCCCAUCUGCAGAUGGGGCCCCUGAAGAAAUCCUGCAUAUCUGUGCUGAAGAGGAGGUGAUGCAGGGGGGCAUGGGGCCUCCUGCCGUGUCCCAGCUCCUGGGAAGCUUGCUUCUCUGCACCCCCAUCUUGCCCCAGUGAACGCACCUUGGGGUCCCCCACAUCCCCAGGCUUCUCCUCCCUGGAGGCCUCACCUUCCGUAUACUUGGCCUUCCCCCCAGGCCCCUGGAAGUGCCCUCAGACCCUGUCUCCCUAUGGGCCUUGUUUCUGGGACAGAAAGCCAGAGCUGGGACAGAUCCAGGCCACCCCAACCCUUCUUUUUCCACGUUCCUAGGACAGUGCCUGGCACAUAAUAGGUGCUGAAUAAACAUGUGUUGAAUGAA